AUGACCACUCUCAUUCCCCGUGAGCCCUACACUAAAGAUGAGCUUGCUCAUCUUUAUCCCGAGAGCCUGAAGCUCCAGCUAGUCCAAGUUUUCCUUCGCCAUGGCGAACGAACACCUGUUUCCUCCCGAUUCACAAAUACAGGCCUCAGUCCAUACUGGCCGUACUGUGGUGUCGCAAGACGCAUGGUGCAGAUGGCAUCUAGCAGCAAAGACCUCUCAUCAUGGAAUGGGUUCCAAUGGCGUCGGAAGAUGGAAGCUUUCGGAAGCAAUGAUGAGUCCGUGGUAGCACCGGGACCAGCAGGGGAGAUUGAGGCUAUGUGGUAUGUACCUGUUCUAGGGCGAGCUCGUCCACGGAAGACCGAGGUCCGGGGCUUGCACGGCGAACUCACAGAUAAAGGUCGUGAGACGACAUAUGCGCUAGGACAACGACUGCGCCAUCUCUAUGUCGAUCAGCUUGGGUUCAUGCCGGAGAUCAAAUCCGAUGCCGAGGACAUGUACCUGCGCGCUACCCCGAUCCCCCGCGCUCUGGAGUCGCUCCAGGAGGCCUUCUGGGGAAUGUACCCUGCCAGCGCGCGCACUCUUGAUUUCCCACCCCCCGUUAUUGUUGCUCGCCAGGUGAAUGAGGAGACUCUUUUCCCUAAUGAGGGCAAUUGUAAACGUUUCCGACAGCUGGCUCGGCUGUUUGCCGAUCGCGCCGCUGAACGAUGGAAUGAUACCGAACAGAUGGCAUACUUGAAUGGCCUUUGGUCCAAGUACAUGCCCGAGGCUUCGCCCAAGGUUGCUGUUGAUGCUCACCCCCGUCUUUCUGGAAUCAUGGACACCAUCAAUGCUACUGAUGCUCAUGGGCCAAGCACUAAGCUUCCUUCCGAGUUUUACGACAAGAAGGGCCGUGCUGUUUUAGACCGUAUCUCGGUCGAGGAGUGGUUUGCCGGUUAUGGUGAGAGCACCGAGUACCGAAAGCUAGGUAUUGGUGCUCUCAUGGGUGAUGUUGUUGACCGCAUGGUCAGCACUGCUGUUGAUGGUGGAUGGCGCAGUGCGAGUGCUGCCUCUGGGUCUGGUAACCCCGAGACGAGCAAGGCUAUCAAGUUCGCCAUGAGCGGAUGCCACGACACCACCCUCGCAGCAAUCCUGUCCAGUGUUGGUGGAUUCCAGAACGAGUCAUGGCCUCCUUUUACUUCAUCUGUUGCAGUUGAGCUCUUCUCUCAGGCUUCUACCUCCGACGCCGAUGCUGGAACUAUGCUCGAGGAAUUCUCCAACCCACCUGUCUCCAAGAAGCCCGGUCUUCUCUCUUCGCUGCUGGGUAAGUCUGCGCCAAAGGCACCUACCCCCUCCGAGACAGCGCGGACACCUAUCUCGUCCUUCUCCGAUUCUUCCCGUGAGUCUCUACAGAAGCACUAUGUUCGUAUCCGCUACAAUGACCGCCCUGUUACUAUCCCUGGCUGCGCCGCCAAGCGUGAGAACCACCUCCCUGGCGAUGAGACGUUCUGUACCCUGGAGGCUUUCAAAUCGAUUGUUGACAAGUUCACCCCGAGAAAUUGGCAAACGGAGUGCACAGAAAACCUCGGCGCAGGCCUGCAUGGCCCUGGUGAUCGCGAGCGGUCCACUGCUGGCUUCUAG